AUGAGCAUCACUCAAACAUACUACCUCGCCCACACCGCCCGCAAGAAGCUUACCCGGGAAGCUUCGCGGGCAGACCAUGACCUCCGCCUCCUCGUCGGCCAUGCCAACCUUCUGGAUUCCCUCAUGCUGGAAUUGGCCGAUGCGGAAAGAGAACAAGAACGUUGGUUCAACCAAACCGUCAGCGGAGUAACCAAGACCUCCUCGCAAGGUUCAGAAUCCCGACACAUCCAAUGGGCAGAAACCGUGGUCGAAGACCCCGAGGAGGACUGGGAUCCCGAAGACCUCUCCGACGCCGACUCCGAUGUCAGCGACUCCGACUCCGACUAUGAUGAAGAAGAUGAAUAUGAAGAUGAAUCUCACAUCUACACCCCCGUGCGUCGGCGGGCCCCAUCACCUGUCGCCAUCAUCACCGAAAAGGAAGUGGAGGAGGAUUACGAUUCCGACUCGGACUCGGACUUUGAAUACGAUGACGCGGAGGAUUUGGAGGAAUUGACCUUGACCCGCUCACCCUCCCGACAAACCCCUCCCGACUUGCUGUCGGACUCGGAUGGGGAAUCAGAAGACGACACCAUGCCCCCGUCGCCUCCCCAACCGACACUUGAAACAUUCAACGAGAAGGAACCUCAAACCACAGAGAUCCCCCUCUCCCCUACGGAUCUCGACAAUGGGUAUUACGUCCCUGGCCAGGCACGCAGCACGAUUAUCGAGGCGUACUGA